AUGGACGCCCAAGAAGAUGAUAGCGACAUCAAGCUGCAAAAGGUCUCAUCGGACCUCAUCGCGGACUUCUCCCGCUCUCUGCCCCUCUUCCUCCGAAAACCCGACGGGCAGACCCUCCGUGCCCGCGUCCGCAUCUCGGAAACGGCACGUCUGACUUCAAGUCUCCUCGACCCCUUCCAGGAACUUCCUCAACUCCUGGACCCCCAUCUGCCAAACUGGCUUCCCCUCCUCGCUUCGACCUACCUCGCCCACCUCCAUACGCGCACGCGCACGCGCACGCGCACCUCGGCCUCAUCAUCCUCAAACCGCUCGCAGCUUCUCGAGCCCCUGAACCUCGCCAUCGCCAAACUCAUCUACACCUUCACCAAGAUUCGCGGCGAAAAGGUCAUUGUCCGCUUCCUUAACGUCGAGUCCCGUCACAUCGAGCCCCUCCUCUCGGCCCUGGAGUUUGCCGAGCGCGCUUCCUCAACGGCCCGCCCCUCCCCGACACCCCUAUCACCACAGUCCGCCGGGUCACCGCCGGCGAACCCGGGACAAUGGUCCUGGGAAGAGCGUUACCUUGCCCUCCUGUGGCUAUCCCACCUCCUUCUCGCCCCCUUCGACCUGUCCAGCAUCUCCUCCACAUCCGCCGACCCGGACAUUACCCUCCCCGAGAUUCCGAAUUUUGAAUGGCCCCCGAAUCUCCCUGGAAUCACUGCCCGCAUCCUCCCACUCGCCAUCAAGUACCUCGCCUCGUCCGGCAAAGAACGCGACGGCGCCCGCGCCCUGCUCGUCCGCGUCGCCAUGCGCCGCGACAUGCAGUCGCUCGGUGUCCUCUCCGCCCUUGUCCGCUGGUCCCUCGCCUCCCUGACCCCGGACCCGUCUACCCCGCCGCAGCCGCCCUACUUCUACAUCGGCAUCCUCUCCUUCCUGGCCGGCGUCCUCCGCUCCUCCAUCAACACCUCCGACAUGGACGCUUACCUCUCGCCCAUCUUCCUCGCCGCGCACUCCGUUGCGUCCGCCGAGGCCGCCAUGUCUGGAGGGGACACCCCCGUCGCGGCCGCCAUCCGUUCCGUCGCCGUCGCCCGCAAGAUGCUCAUCAAGGUCAUCCGCUCAGUCGCCGUGCUCCUCCUCCGCAAGGCCCCGCCGGACCCCCACAGCACUGAGCUCAUCGAAACCUCCAUCGGCUACCUCCUCGAGUCUCUCGCCGACAACGACACCCCGGUCCGCCUCGCCGCCUCCAAGGCCCUCAGUAUCGUCACCCUCAAGCUCGACCCGGAAAUGGCAUCGCAGGUUGUCGACGCCGUCCUCGACUCCCUUAACCGCAACGUCCUCUGGACUCGCGAUCCCGGCACCAAGAUCUCGACUCGCGACCUCGCCGCCGUUGACCCCCUGGAGUGGCAUGGCUUGAUGCUUACCCUCUCUCACCUCCUCUACCGCCGCUCCCCGCCCGCCUCUCAGCUCCCGGACAUCGUCCACGGCCUCCUCCUCGGCCUCUCCUUUGAGAAGCGCAGCACUUCAGGCGGCUCCAUCGGUACAAACGUCCGAGACGCCGCCUGCUUCGGCAUCUGGGCCCUCGCCCGGCGUUACACGACCGCGGAACUCCUGCAGGUCCCUACCGCCGCCGUUGUCGCAGCCCGCCUGCACGAUGCGGACGCCUCCAUCCUCCAGGUUCUCGCGACCGAGCUCACCGUCACCGCUGCCCUGGAUUCCGCAGGCAACAUCCGCCGCGGUUCAUCCGCGGCGCUGCAGGAGCUCAUCGGCCGGCACCCGGACACGGUAGAGAAAGGCAUCUGGGUCGUCCAGACGGUAGAUUACCACACCGUCGCGUUGCGGUCCCGCGCAAUCCACGAGGUGGCCCUCAACGCAACAAAGCUCUCGCCGCAGUACGGGACGGCCUUGUUGGACGGCCUGCUGGGCUGGCGGGGCAUAGGAGACGCCGACGCAAGCGCCAGGCGUGUCGCCGGCGCGUCCUUCGGCACGCUUACGCUCGAGCUUUCACGACAGAAUGCCCCCAAUGAUGUCGAACAGUUCACGGCCUCCAUCAACAGGGUUUUGGCUCGUCUACGCACGCUCCAGAACCGUCAAGUCGACGAGAGGCACGGCCUCCUCCUCUGCCUUGCCGCUGUGCUGGACAAAACCCCCGAGCUGUUGGCGAAGAAGCCCAUCGACGGCGUCACUGGGAUCAUUCAUCGCAUCAUCCAUGAGCUGCAAACGAUAUUCGAGGGCCUCCAGACGACGACGUAUCGUAGGCCGGAGCUGGUCGCCGAGGCAGCUAGUCGUCUCAUUACUUCCUCUUUGCCUAUUUUACAAGCAGCAGCGUCAUCUGCCGACUGUUACUUGGAUCUUCGGCCAGGUUACAAGGUUGUAUCAACCGAGGACACCAGAGACCUACUUAAGGCUAUUAGGGCGGUUGAUGCUCUCGAAAAGAUACCGGACGCCGUGGUUAGCCUGGUAUCAACUUUCAACCACGUAGUCAACGCCGGUCUCGCCCGCCCAGAAAGGGAGGCCAUAGAAGCAUCCUCCGAGGCCGCCCUUGUGCUUCUCACUUUUUCCAGUGCUGAAGAGCGCAGACGUAUCAUAAAUGAGUGGGCAAGCACCGUCCAGCAGCGGCCGACAUCGCGCACGGCGAACGACACCGGCAUUCUUUCUGCUCUUACGAUGGCGUAUCCCGUGACCACCACGUUCAGUGCUCCGGAAUCAGAAGAGCAGAGCCUGGUCUGCGACACAAUACUGACGAGGUGGGCCGGCGACAACAACAUCGAAACGCGCGUGGCGAUCCUCCAGAGCCUGUCGCAGAGCGGCGUGCUCCGCGACCGGGCCUUGGUGUUUCUAGACCUGCUGGCGGAGGGCCUGAACGACUACACCACCAAUGCCAGGGGGGACGUGGGAUCCCACGUCAGGCUCGAGGCGCUCAGGGCGACCAAGGCACUUUGGAAGGUCGCACUCGGGGAGGGCAGCUCCGGGACUGGCGCUACGGCUACCGACGGGGCCGACUCGUGGCUGCCGGUGGCAAUCUCGAGGUUGUUUCUUAGGAUCUUGCGUCUGGCCGCCGAGAAGCUGGACCGCGUCCGCACUGAAGCGCAUGCGGUCCUUGCUUUAACUCUAGAAUCGAGUUUCGCGUCAGGUUUUGCAAAGCUUACCUACUCGUCCAAGGAGUACUUCCGGACGCUGCUCGAUCUCUACUCCUCGGGCUCGAGCCUGCACUGCCAAAUCUCAGAGCCGGCCAGGUCCGACGCAGGGGCAUGGAUGGCCGAGCUACUGGCGGGCUACGUUACGUCGGCGGACACGGGCAACGAGGACUUGGUUAUCGCGUCCCGCGCCGCACUGGCCGACUUCUGCGCCAGGUCGCCGCAAAACCUGAGCGCGGUCUGCGCAGCGUUGGUGAGCAACGUCAAGACUAGGCAGGGGCAAGACCGCGUGGUAGUGCCGACGCUCGAGAUCGUGGCGUUCCUCUGCCACGUCGGGCUCUUCCAGAAGUGUCAGGAGGUUGAGCCGCGGCACUUGUGCCUGCAGGUGCAGAAGGCGGGGUAUAAGACAGGCAGCGUCAGGAAGCUGGAGGCCUGCAUCAAGGUCUACGGCUGCGUGGCCGGGUUCGGAGGGGAGGGCGCAGAGACCGGCCAGGACUCGGCUCCCGUAGAGCUUCAGGCCAAGAGAAGGGCCGGCGUCACCGAGGCUAGGAAGAGACUAGGUGCCUUGAUGUUUCAUCCGUGGCCUCGGGUGAGGAGCCUGGUCGUGGACGAACUGUGGAGGUUGUUUGGCGACGACGGUGGCGCCGAUCUUUUAAAGAGUGUCGACUGGAGCAAGGCCGAAAAAGCAUCCAUCAACCGUGUCGUGAAUCAGCUUGGGUUGGCCCAGGCGGUUUAG